AUGAGCCCAUGGAGACCAAGCCCUUCAAGUUCGUCACUGCUGGUACGUUCUUCGCAGACAUACGAUUCGAACCAAUCGCUUUUCGAUCGCACCCGCUGUAUAUUCUCGGCCCCUGGAGCUAACAACUUCUCGUUCAAUGUACUAGGUUACGAUGCUCGUUUUCCUCAGAUGAACCAGACCAAGCACUGCUGGCAAAACUACGUCGACUACCACAAGUGCGUCACCGCCAAGGGUGAAGACUUCCGCCCAUGCCGCCAGUUCUACCUCGCUUUCCGCUCCCUCUGCCCCAAGCCCUGGACCGACCGAUGGGACGAGCAGCGCGAGGCUGGCAACUUCCCCGUUCGCCUGGACCGGUAA